UCGAAAUGCACCAAAGUGCGAAAAAUAAUUUACAGUAAUAAAGCGCGCAAGAAAAGUGCAGCCUAAUCCACCACUGCGUUUCUAUAGAAUUUAACUAGCUGGCACUUGCAGAAUACAAUUCACAAAGAAAAGAUAUCUAAAGAAGAUAAAAGUCGUUAGAGAAAAAUACGACGAAAAUAGCUUCUAAAAAUUGAAAAGAAAGGAAGUACGUAGAGUUUGGACGAGGCUUUCGCUAGACAAAUUGAAAAAUCAUUGAAGUAAAAUACACGAACAUUCCGAUGGACGGGCUUCAAUCAAGUUUAAAAAACAUUAAUUUGUACGACAUCAAAGCAGCUGUUAGGAAAGCGCAAAAUGUGGUGAUGAAUUAUACUUCGACAGAAGCUAAAGUGCGUGAAGCCACGAACAAUGAACCCUGGGGUGCAAGUACGUCUUUGAUGAUGGAAAUUGCCCAAGGAACACAUAACUAUUCGCAACUAAAUGAGAUUAUGCCAAUGGUUUACCGUAGGUUCACCGAAAAGACAGCCGAAGAAUGGCGUCAAAUUUACAAAGCUCUGCAGUUGCUGGAAUUUUUGGUAAAAAACGGUUCCGAAAGAGUUAUCGACGAUGCACGUGCUCAUCAAGCAACUAUUAAGAUGUUGCGUAACUUUCAUUACAUUGACCGUUACCAAAGAGACCAAGGAUUGAACGUGAGAACUAGAGCAAAAGAAUUAGUUGAACUUCUUAAUGACAAUGAUCGUAUACGCCAGGAGAGAAGAAAGGCCCGACAAACUCGAGGUAAAUACUUUGGCGUAGGUAGCGACGGUGAUGCAAGAGUGUCUUCUGGAUCUCGCCCAAGGUACUCAGGUUUCGGAAGUUCUCCUCAUGCUACUGGUUUUAGAAAUAAUCGCGUUUAUGGGGAUGGUGGUGGCUUUUCAGAUGUUGGCAGUGGCUCUGGUUUCCAUGACUCAUCUUCCUAUAGUGAUACUCAUGAUCAUUCUGAGUACGACGAAUAUAAUGAGAACUACGAUAGUGCUGGUCCUAGUGCUCGCACGUCUAGAUUAUCUGCACGUACUACAAGAAAUUCCCAACCCACUGCUGCUCCAGUUUCUUCUCCACCCAAACAAGAGCAACAAUCUGCUGUGGCUGACCUUCUUGGACUUGAAGAGCCCGCCACUCCUGCACCUACUUCUUCAACUAUACCCACUUAUGCUAAUACCGUUGAGGAUGAUGAUGGAUUUGGUGAUUUUCAAACUUCCUCCGCUGCUCCAACCGCCGCCGCAACUUCCGCUAACGAUGACGAUGAUGCAUUUGACGAUUUUCAGAGUGCACCCUCUGCUGUUCCCCCAUCUGGUGGAAUUGGAAAUAUGGCUUCUUUCAGCUCUUUCGCUUCGUCUUCAGCCAGUCCCUCCCUUGGAAACGUUGCUUCUUUAAACGUUAAUACUCCUACCGCCGUUAGUCUAUCACCUCAAAAUUAUACCUCCGCUACUCAAACUACUCAUUCCGCUAAAGCCGUUAAAGGUUCCGGCUCUGGAAGCGAUGCUUUUGGUAGUCUUUGGAGUUCGGCAGUAACCAAAGUGAAGCAUGAUGAUCAUUCGAAGACGGGUUCAAACUCACCAUCGGUUCCUCCUGUCUCUACAUCAUCAAAUCCACCUACCUCCGAUCUUCUUUCUAGUGAUGACAAUAAUCUCCUUUUGUGAGUCUCCAGCUAAUUAGUGAGCCCAAUGAACUUGUAGUAAGUUAGAGGAAAGACUCCUGUUUGAGCCGUGCUGGAUUGAGCUACAUAACUGCAUAACCGACUUAAUAUAACAAUACCUUGUUCCUUUAGAGUUCAUGAAUACUAAUCCACUGAUUACAAUUUGUCUUUUCUUUCGAUAGAAUUAUGAAGCUUGCUACUCUUUUCUUUCCUUUCUUCAUUAAGUCGUUUUUGUUAUUUAUAAUAUGAACUAAAUUAAAUGCUACAUUCCUGUUCACGAUUGCUAUAAGUUGCCUGAUAUUAAUGCAUAAACUUUGAAGAGGGUCUGGAUAAUCCCAACCCUGGAUCUUUAUUGUUCAAUUAUCCCCACAGUGAAAACUAAUAUCGAUGUUUCUCGAAGCGUACCAUAUGUAAAGCAAUUUGUAUAUUUUUUGCAGGAUAUCCUGAAUAUUUAGAUGUCAAUAUAUACUACGAUAAUAAAUUUGUUAUAACUUAGUAACGAGAGGUGUUUGG